AUGCUUUCGGGCGAACUACUCGAAGAUGUCUACAGAUACACGGCCGUGUAUCGAUAUCUCGAGGAGCGGGACUGCCUGCAAGAGCUAAUGACGAAGCUAACGUGGGAACAGUUUUGCGCUCGGCAAAAUUGCGACCUGACCCAAAAAAUUCUGCGCAUCGGCGUGCCGGUGGGGAUCAUCGGGGCGGCGGCGUUCGUCUGCUAUUGCGCAUGGAAGAAGUCGAAACGAGAGGAAGAAUCUUUCGACGAACCUCCGAUUCCGAAGAUCCCGGUCGACACAACCGGAACUGCCAAAGAAAGGGUGAUUCGAGCGAUGAAUCGGUUGAAUAAGGACAUUGUGCAGUUGAAUACGCUGAUUGGAAGUUGCGAACUGGAAAUUCUGGCCGACGAGACGGUGGAUCGCACAAAAACGGCAAGGGUUGUACGGCGGAAGGAAGCGGCGCAACGCCAAUUGUAUACAAAGGAACAUCAUCGAAAGAACCUUGUCGUCAUGUUGGAUGCACUACUGCAUAGCGAGGUGGAGUCGAUGAAUGAGGCGUUGACAAAUCUGCGGCCAAUCUCGCCCUCAAGGAGUAAUGGAACGGAGCGAAGGAAUGGAUCGGCGAAUCAUCGGCAAGAAGAUGCGGAAGAAAGGAGAAGAAGGGAUGACGAGCUGAGGGCCGAACUUGCCGAACUCCUCGGGGAGGAGAGCCGGAAGAAUUUUGAGGAAUCGAAGAAGGAGCUU